AUGGUUAGGCCCAUCCGGUUCGGGUCAGUUUCCGGGUUGGACCGGACCGAUGGGCAUCCGCUACUCCUCAGUGGCAACGAUGAUGACAGAAUUCAAAAACUUGCUCUUUUGAGUAAACACCAGAGAGGCAGACGGCUCGUCAAUUCCGUCGAUUCUGUCGAUAAGCUCGAUAGCAGCGCCAUUUGGAUUCAGAUCAUGGCCAGAAUCAGCGACGAUCCUCCUCUCCGCACGCUCGUCUUCCUCCUCCUCCUUUCUUCGCUUCUCUUGGCUCCGACGGUCCUCGCCAAGUCCCGUAUCCCGAUCUCCGAAAAUGAGAUCAGACAGAAGAAGAACGAGUGUUAUGCUGAUAUAGAGAGCGGCUUAUGGGGUUGGCAAUGCAAGUCUUCAACGGUUGCAAAGGAAAACUGUGCUUUGAAAUGCCUUUCACCAACUUGUUAUGAGAUUGUCUAUGAGAGUGAUCCACUUGAAGAAGGAGAGAAAGACUUUACACGGGGCCAGGAAUACAAAUACUGCAUGCAUAAGUUGUCACUGGGAGAGAGCCUUGAAGGCAUCAGAGGAUCCUUUGCUUAAUUAGGCAACUUUGACAUCAUUUCAGAUAUAAUAUUCUUUCGAGAGGGAGAGAGAGAGAGUUGUCUAGAAGCAAAACUUGUGGAUACCUCUGGCUAUGUUACUUCUGCUUCUGAUACUGGGACAGGGCAUGUUGGUUGUGGCAAAGUAUAAAAAAGGAAUCAGUCUGGGUUCCUUUCUGGAACAAAUGGGGUCAAUGAUAACUCAUGUAUCACUUUGUCUGGUCACAAAGGCACCAUGACUGUAAAAUAAGAAACUUAUUAUCGGCUCGAAGGGUACUUAAGUUCAGUUGAUGCUGAUGUGAGCA